GGCCCGUGGCCCCUUACCGUGCAGCUUAAAAUGUGGGACAAGGUACCGUCUGUGCAAGUCCAUGACAAAAAAAAACGAAGGAAAAAAAAAGCCGCCUCAGACGGUCAAGCCCCAAGGCCAAAGUGAGGAGCCUGUGCUGCGCUCGGCAGCUAGAUGUGCAUAAUUCCCACACUUCCUUUCGCAUUCAACAACUCACCAGAUUAUGGACGGUCACGUCUCAAAAAAACGCAAAAGGGACAGAGAUGCGGGAGAUGGUUCUGUCCUCAAACUCCCAGGCGGCAAGACCAUUUCACUUGAUGGCUUUUUGAAUGGCGUGAAGCCAAAGCCAAAGCCAGCAUCCACGGAAAAUGGCGAGGCCGCCUCUGCAUCAAAAAAGGAGGCACAGAGACCACCAGAGCCACCUGCCGGGGCUGGGCUGACAAGGCCCAAAGAUCCGGCUCGACGUCGCAAAAAGGACCGGGAGCCCGAUGCCGUGUCGACAACAACAAAAGGCGACAUAUCACUGCUUCCGGUCCGCAGGGCGCUGCCGAUAUGGGAGUACCAGGAAGCCAUCCGCAAGCACAUGCGGGACAAUGACGUCCUGAUCCUCGUCGGCGAGACGGGUUCCGGAAAGAGUACGCAGGUGCCGCAGUUCCUGGCCGAGGAAAGCUGGUGCCGCCGCCGGGUGGUGCCCAUACGGCUGCCCGACGGCAGGACCGAGCAGAGGGCCGUGGGCGGCGUCGUGGCCGUCACGCAGCCGCGCCGCGUGGCCGCCACGACGCUCGCGCACCGCGUGGCCAGGGAGGCGGGCACGCCGCUGGGCACGUCGGCCGCGGGCGGCCCGGGGCGCCAGGAGGGGCUCGUCGGAUACUCGGUCCGCUUCGACCACAACGUCCCCAAGGGAACCAAGAUCAAGUUCCUCACCGAGGGCAUGCUGCUGCAGGAGCUUCUGCACGACCCCAGUCUCAGGCAGUACAGCGCCGUUAUUGUGGACGAGGUCCACGAGCGAGGAAUCGACGUGGAUCUCCUGUGCGGGUUCCUGAAGCAGAUGCUCCUCUCGCCGGACAAGCCCGGCCGCGGGGGUGUGCCACUCAAGGUCGUGGCCAUGAGCGCCACGGCCGACAUUGAAACUAUGGAGGAGUUCUUCUCAGGUGUAGGUCCAGAUCCUGGAACUACUGGACUGAGCAGUACGAUGGAGCCUGCGUCCAAGACGCUCAAGAUUCAGGGCAGGCAGUUUCCAGUCCAGACCAUCUACUCCCCCAAGCCGGUGGCAGACCUGGCAGACGAGGUCCUAAAGACGGUGUUCAAGAUACACUGCGGCGAACCCCUGCCCGGCGAUAUCUUGGUGUUUCUGCAUGGCCAGGAGCAGAUUGAGCAGAUGCAGAGGCUCAUCGAAGAGUACGCCGCCACGCUCGCAUCCGAUGUGCCCAAGAUCAAGGCUCUUCCGCUGUAUGGCCAGCUCUCGAUCGAAGCCCAGCAUACCGCUUUCAGGCCGCUCAAGGGACGUGUUCGAAAAGUGGUGCUUGCCACCAAUAUUGCAGAAACCUCAGUGACGGUACCUGGAGUACGAUACGUUGUCGACACGGGCAAAUCCAAAACGAAACAGUACCGGCCCCGUCUCGGGCUCGAGUCCCUCCUGAUUGGGCCCAUCUCACAGUCGUCUGCUAUCCAGAGGGCUGGCCGUGCCGGCCGUGAGGGGCCAGGCAAGUGCUAUAGACUGUAUACCGAAGACGUGUACAAGGAGCUGCGAGAGGCGGAUCCUCCCGAGAUCCUGAGGAACGAUGUGCAAGACGCCGUGCUGAUUAUGAAGGCGCGCGGAGUUGAGGAUCUGCUGUUGUUCCCGCUCAUGGACACACCCAAGAUGGCGUACAUGGAGAAGGCGCUCACGCAACUCCAUAUCCUCUCGGCGCUGGACGACAACGGCGCCAUAACGGAGCUGGGCCGAAAGAUGGCACGGCUCCCGGUUUCGGCGUCGCUAGGACGCGUGCUGCUGGCGGCAGCAAGCCCGGCGUACGACUGCCUCCUCGAGGCCAUCGACAUCAUCUCGUGCAUCAGCGCGGGCGACGACCUGUUCCACCAGCUGCAGUCGGAGGAGGCGCGCGAGGAGGCCGAGGAGCUGCGGCGCGAGCUGCGGCGGCGCGAGGGCGACCUGAUGACGUACCUGACGACGAUGCAGAUGUACACGGCCGAGGGCUCGGACCGGACCGACUGGUGCCGGGCGCGGCGCAUCAACAUGCGCACCAUGCGGCAGGCGCUCAACAUCCGCAAGCAGCUGCGGGCGCUCUGCGUAACGGAGCGGCUGCUGCCCGAGAGGCCGGCCCCGGACCCCCAGCCGUUCGCGCCGCUGUCGCCCGAGGGGGCCGAGGCGCUAACAAAGUGCUUCAUGAAGGGCUUCUGCACGCGCACGGCGACGCUGGCGCCCGACGGGAGCUACGUCACGACGCAGGGCAAGCACGUCGUGGCCAUCCACCCGUCGAGCGUGCUACACGGGCAGAAGAAGGAGGGCAUCAUGUUUCUAGAGCACGUCUUCACGCAGAAGAACUACGCCAAAAAGGUCGCCGUCAUCCAGGCGGUCUGGAUCCCCGAAGCGCUGGAGGGGUUGUGGUAGACUGAGGCUGUCUGGCGUUGAGCUUUUGUACCUGGGCGCAAUGGAAAGGUGAUUUUCGUUAAGCAGGAUAUGCAACAAGCGUGCCAUGUAGAAGAUAUAGACAUAAUUUGCGCGCUGUAAUCCUGCCCCGUAUCGAAAAUCACAUUGCCUUUCUCCCGUUGCGUUGAAUCCAACUCCUUUGCGCUUUUAUAUCUCUUAGAGUCC